UGCUGACAGCAGAUGUAGAAAGGAAGCAGGCUGGCUACUUAAAAGCAGGUGCUAUACUUGCUUUUCCUGCAUUGCCAGAUGACAAAUCUUGAAUCUGACAUGGAGGGUUUAGACCAUAAGCUAUCCCAGCGCUCUGAGCUGGUGGAGGUAGAUGGAAUCCCUUUGCUCAGUGGUGCUGCAGAAAGAUGGGGUCGCAUAUCAACCUUUAACGCCCGGGGGGACGACCUUCUCAUUUGCACAUACCCCAAAGCAGGGACCACUUGGACGCAGGAAAUUGUAGACCUGAUCCAGCAUGGAGGGGACCCUCAGAAAUGUGCUCAAGUCCCCAUCUACAAACGGAUGCCCUUCCUAGAGAUGCACAGUCCCUUGUUCUCACGCUUGGAAGAGGCAGAGCUAAUGACCUCUCCACGUACACUUAAGUCUCACCUCCCGGUCCAGCUCCUGCCGCCCUCCUUUUGGGAACAGAAUUGCAAGAUCAUUUAUGUGGCCAGGAAUGCCAAAGAUAACGCAAUCUCUUACUUCCACUUCCAACGUAUGAACGGGAGGAUGCCAGACCCAGGAACAUGGGAUGAGUAUCUGGAGAAGUUCAUUGCAGGAAAACUUCCCUGGGGCUCUUGGUUUGACCACGUUUGUGGCUGGUGGAAGGCUAAGGAUUCUCACCCAAUUCUCUAUCUCUUUUAUGAAGACAUGAAAGAGCACCCAGCCUUAGCAAUUCGGAAAAUAGCUCAGUUCCUGGACCAAGAGCUUUCUGAGCCAGCUUUGAACCGGAUCAUGCAGCACACAGAGUUCAACAGCAUGAAAGUGAAUCCCAUGGCUAAUUACAGCACAAUGCCAACUUACAACCACGCUUUGUCACCCUUCAUGAGAAAAGGCACCGUAGGAGACUGGAAAUACUACUUCACAGUGGCUCAAAGUGAACAGCUUGAUGAUUUGUGUGCCCAAUUAUUAAGGGGCAGUGGCCUGACCUUCCGCACUCAGCUAUAAGCACCCCUCUGUGCUCUUCAUCAAUCCCAUGCCCGGAGCUUGGGCCUGCACUAAACAAAAUAGACCAUGUAGCCACAAGCAAGGACCACAUAGGGUGUGCAUGUUUGUUUUGAAAUUUACCUUUUUUAAAAAAAUCAACGAUUUGUGAAAUAAAAUGAUUGUGUUUGCUCUUUAUUAAUUCCACACUGAGAGUGAAGAAAAUAACUAGUCUUGCAUUAUUAUAUGUGUUCCACCUCCUUUCCAAUUAACCCCAGAGGACAGAUUUAGGGUUUAACCAUUUUAACUUUGCAGCAACUCUAUCCUGAGCCCUGAGGCAGGCUGUAGUACUGAAGAGAGUGGAAAGAGAGGUUUAGUAUAAGUUUUGUUUAUAGAAAGUAGCUUUGUGGGGUGUUAUAUUGGAUUAGAUGAAGUGAGUAUUGCUUUUAUAUAGCGGAUAGAUGAAGAAUUGGAAGUUCUUUAUUUUCUGAAUCAUAUUUUUCUAUCUUUGGCUUUUAACCUCUUUUCUGUACUGUUUAUUAUUUUUUCUUUU